UGUCUCUGUGACUCUGAGGGUCCGGUUCGGUCCAGUCCAGUCCAGUCCGGUUCGGUCCGGUUCUGAUCAGGUCCUGAUGUCUGCAGCAGAAGAAGCUGGUGGUCUGGUCUUCAGGCUGGCUGAGCAGCAGGACUUCCAGCAGGUGCUGAACAUCUGCAGCAGCGAUGCGUUCGAGGGCCUGGACUACAUGGCUGCUACCUUCCACCGCUGGCUGCAGGAGCCUGAACGCCUCGUCUUCAUCGCUCUGAUCGAGGACAGAGUGGUGGGUCUGGAGUCGGCUCUGCUGGUGGACGGGGGCCACACCGCCGUCUUCCAGGGCCUCCGGGUGGCUCCUGACCUGAGGGGCCGCGGCGUCGCCGGCGCCCUGCAGACACACCUGACCGACCACAUCCGCCAACAUUACCCACAAGUCUCUGCGGUGAGGCUGAGCCGAGGAGACCGGCCCCCCAAACAGACCCUGGACCAGUACAGACUCGUCGCCAAGGAGGCCAUCUUGUCUCAGUGCUGCGAGGCGGCCGACCUCGCCCUCUUCGUGGCCGAGCUCCGCUCCAGACUCCCGUGGCGGUCCGGCUCCGGGUCUUCCCCCCCGGUGACCCUGAGCCAGCGGCGUGCCGAGGCUCUGAUCCUGAGCGACCACGUGGUCUCCAACCUGCUGCCCGGUGGGACCAUCAUCAACGACUGGGAGCCCCUGAGGCCCCUGGAGGCCAACCUGGAGGUGCUGCGGCGCCGGGGGCUGACCUGGAUCGUGGACCGUGAGUCGGAGCCCGCGGCGGUCAGCCUGAGCACGGCGCCGUACGCCGUCCCGUACCGCCACGACGCCCUGCACUUCAACAUCAACAUCUUCGGCCGCCGCCUGGCCUCGGUGUGCUCCGUGUUCCUGGCUCAGCUGGAGGCUCUGCUGCCGAGGCUCCGCGGUUACCUGAUCUUCUACACCUACGUGGACCCGGCGGUGUGGGCGGGGCUACGCCAGCUCUGCCACAACAGCAGCAACGUGUCGCUCUUCAAGGACUACUGGGAGGAGCUGGUGCUGGAGAAAGACCUCUGACCUCUGACCUCAGAGGAAGAACUCCAAACAUCUUCAGGCUUCUCAUUAAUAAGUCCUUCAGACCUGCAGCAGGUCUCCAGCCUCCGGUCCUAUCUAUCUCCAACGACCUGAGACGACUUCUCACCAGAAAACAUUCUGGUCUCAGUCUCGAGUUUUCUUCAACACAAUCUGAUGUUAGUGUGUAAAUAAUGGUUCCAUUAAGUCCUGGUUUUUGGUCAUUUUCUGUCUUUUUCUGGUAU